UCACCGGAUCAGGGUCAAAUUGGGUCGACCCGUGGGUCAACCCGCGGGUUGACAACCUUGAUGUAGACCCAUUCUUUACAACUCCGAAUUUUGAUUUUUCCAAAGCUAAUGGAGUAAUGGACUGGUAACAAUCACCACCAAAUAAAUAAAUAAAUAAAUAAAUAAAUAAAAGUUCAGCAAAGCAAUCGACUUCGCAAGCUUGAUUCUCUUCCACAGAGCAUAUACCCUUUUCUUUGGCCGUUGCCGUCGUUAAAUCGGUCUCCUUUUUUUUCACCGAUUCUCUUCCAUGUCGUAGAUAUUCGAAACCUUGUGCUGCCGUUAACCAUCCCCACUUUCCCUAGGACUGCCGGAUAAUGGCUUCCCGGCGGCUCCCGAUUACCGCUCUGUUCCUCCUCUUCUUGGCCGUUUCCGCCCAGUCUCGAGACUAUGAGAGAUUGUUUAACCUGCAUAAGUCCAAAAUCAGAGGACCCAUCAAAACAGUCGUUGUUCUGGUCAUGGAGAAUCGCUCCUUCGACCAUAUCCUGGGUUGGCUCAAGUCAACCCGACCCGACAUCGACGGGCUCACCGGGACCGAGUCCAACAAGAUCUCCGCCACGGAUCCCGACUCCCCGGAAGUCUUCGUCUCCGACGACGCGAUCUUCGUGGACUCCGACCCGGGCCACUCUUUCCAGGCCAUCAGGGAACAAAUCUUCGGGUCGAACGAUACCCGUCGGAGCCCCGCUCCGAUGAACGGGUUCGUCCAGCAGGCCGCCAAUAUGAGCGAGACGAUGGCCAGGACGGUGAUGAGCGGGUUCCACCCGACCCGGAUCCCGGUCUUCACCACGCUGGCGAACGAGUUCGCCGUGUUCGACCGGUGGUUCGCCUCGGUCCCGGCGUCGACUCAGCCGAACCGGUUCUACGUUCACUCGGCGACCUCGCACGGCGCCACCAGCAACGUCCGCAAGGACCUGAUUCGUGGGUUCCCGCAGAAGACGAUCUUCGACUCGCUGGACGAGAACGGACUCAGUUUUGGGAUUUAUUACCAAAGUAUCCCCGCCACACUAUUCUUCAGCUCGCUCAGGAAGCUGAAGAACAUCUUCAAAUUCCACAACUACGCCCUCAAGUUCAAGUCCCACGCGGCGGAAGGGAAGCUCCCCAACUACGUCGUGGUGGAGCAGCGGUGGUACGACGUGCCGUUUGGCCUUGCCAACGACGACCACCCGUCGCACGACGUGGCGGAGGGGCAGAAGUUCGUGAAGGAGGUUUACGAGAUACUGAGAGCCAGCCCGCAGUGGAAGGAGAUGGCCUUCUUGAUUACCUACGACGAGCACGGCGGGUUCUACGAUCACGUCCCGACGCCGGUUACUGGAGUUCCCAGCCCCGACGGGAUUGUCGGGCCGGACCCUUUUUACUUCCGUUUUGACCGAUUGGGUGUUCGGGUCCCGACUUUCUUGAUUUCUCCCUGGAUUGACAGGGGUACCGUAAUCCAUGAGCCUGAUGGGCCAACACCGACUUCCCAGUUUGAGCAUUCUUCAGUCCCCGCCACGGUAAAGAAGCUCUUCAACCUGAAAUCCAACUUCUUGACCAAGAGGGAUGCUUGGGCUGGUACCUUUGACAGCUACUUUUACCUUCGCAAAACUCCCCGUGACGACUGCCCAGAGACACUGCCUGAAGUGAAGCAAGCUUUGAGACCGGUAGGAGCAAACCCAGAUGCAAAACUGUCGGAGUUCCAAACGGAGCUAGUCCAGCUUGCAUCCCAGCUGAAUGGUGAUUAUGUGUUGAACACUUACCCGGAUAUUGGCAAGACCAUGACGGUGGCUCAAGCCAAAAAAUAUACUGAAGAUGCUGUCAGGAGGUUCCUUGAAGCUGGGAGAGCUGCACUCAGAGCUGGAGCUAAUGAAUCUGCCAUAGUCACCAUGAGACCCUCCCUCACUAGCCGGGUACCGGUUGGGAACUCAGAUAGCUAUGUAGAAUCCUAUUAAGUACAACACUCCUCGCAAGUUGUGUAUAAACUUGAUCCCCACUGCUACUGUUGUCAUUUCUAUGUAUAGGUAGAAGUUUAUGAAACUCAGCAAAGAACCCUGAUGGAAUCAAUUUCCAGGGAUCGAUACUUUUAUGUCAACUUAUUUGGUUAUCGAAAACUCUUUUGCUGUGGAGACAAUUAUAGAAUCAAAAGCAUCUUAUAAUAAUGUCAUUUUAGUUCGUAAUCGACAUCUUAAUCUAGUUUAUCCCAUUGAUUUGAGAUGGAUAAGUUUACAAAGUCGUCAAGACAGUGAAAAACUUACUAUGUUAAUAGCAUAUAUCAUCUGCCUGUUUGGAUCUGGAGAACGAAUUCCAGGCAGCUACCGUUCCCUUCCACUCCCAGUCCCAU